AUGACUGAAAAUAUAAAAAAAUUAGAAAAGCCGUCAAAACAGCAUGUUUGUGGUGUUUAUACUGCUUCUCAACUAGUUUAUACUGCUUUGCAACUAGUUUAUACUGCUUCUCAACUAGUUUAUACUGCCUCGCAACUAGUUUAUACUGCCUCGCAACUAGUUUAUACUGCCUCACAACUAGUUUAUACUGCCUCACAACUAGUUUAUACUGCCUCGCAACUAGUUUAUACUGCCUCUCAACUAGUUUAUACUGCCUCUCAAUUAGUUUAUACUGCCUCUCAAUUAGUUUAG